AUGACAGCAAAAUGGCAAACCCAACGUCUCCUCCACGGAGUCCGCGCUAUAGUUGGCGGUCAGGGCCCCCCUCUGGUUCUUAUUCCAGGCUGGCCGCAAACAGCAGAGGCCUUUAGCGACAUCUUCGAGCCUCUUUCAAAACAUUAUCAGUUCUUUGCUCUUGAUCCCCCGGGCUUGGGUGACUCAUCCCCUCCUCUCAACGGCUAUGAUACCGCGAAUGUGAGCAAAAUCAUGGCAGAAGCUGUCCACGAUGCCUUGAAAGAAAAGCAGUACCAUCUCGUUGGCCACGACGUGGGAGGAUGGAUCUCUUAUCCAUGGGCUGCUCAGUUCCAAUCCAGAAUCAAAUCGCUCAGCAUACUGGACGCUUCCGUGCCGGGUUUCUUGCCUCCUUUCCAAUUCCCGUUGCCCAACCAGACCAACAUGCGUGUUUGGCAAUUCUCAUUCUUUGCGCUUCCUGAAUUACCUGAGAUCCUGAUUAGCGGCCGGGAGAGGGAGCUGUUGACGUGGUUUUUCAACCUGAAGACGGUCCAUCCAGAUGGUAUGCCCAAGGAUCAAUUCGAACGCUAUAUCCAAGCCUAUUCAAGACCAGGGGCAAUGAGUCGGGGAUUCGAGUACUACCGAGCCUAUGAAAUAAGCGCCAAACAGAACUUGGAGUUUGCGAAAACGCCGCUCGAUAUACCUGUCUUGGCUUUAGGGGGAGCCAGUUCAGUGGGUUCAGGCAUGGUUAACUUGGUCCAGAACUUCGCGACCAAUGUUUCCGGAGGCGCGAUUGAUGAUUGUGGACACUUUAUUCCUGAAGAGCAACCAUCUGCUGUCGCUGGUAGACUGCUGGAGUUUUUGGGAGCAAAUUAG